AAAAUACGGACCGAAAGACUGCGUCGGGCUGACGGUGACGCACAUGGAGAUCAUUUUUUAUCAAUUGGACAGAGAUAGACGAACGUGUUUUCUCUUUUAUUUCAAAUAGUCUACUGGACCAGACUGAUAGUCUAAACAGCUCAUUUACCACCUCAUGAGCGAGCUGUUCGUGGUGUAGCCUAAAAUACUGUCAGUGGGCUCAAUAAGAAAAUCCUUGAAGGUAUGUAGCUAGGCUAAAUCUCAUAUAUUUUAGGAAAAAUUACACUGCCUUUCAGUGAAAUAAAAUCCGUGAAAUGGAAACGUGCUUGAUAAGUUAGAUAUUGACACAUCCUCUCCUCAUUCAGAUGUGUGGAUGUAGAAUAUCAAUGCUUAUGACUGCAGCCUAGUCAGUCAAUAGCCUAUUCGUGUUUUCAUGUAGGUUUAAGUAUAUAUAUAUUUUUUAACAUGAAUGUUUGCCAGAAGUUUACCUCUUACGGUAGCAUUUUUCAUCACCAUGGACAGUGCACACUCAUCAGUUGUGGCAUUGAGAGAUGUCACCAAACAUGUUUUGGAAAGACAAAAAUGUACAUUAUGUAAUAUUUGGGCAAUCUGAACAUAUGGAAUUGUGAAUCUAUAUUCUGUCCGUUUUUUCCGAACAAUUAUUUUGACUGUGUGGACUUGAAUGAAUGCCAUUCUGUCUUGAAAUUGUCUCCUAGCCUGUUUACCCACUGGGCAGUGGACUCUUCGACACCUCAGGGCAAAUCUAUUCUCAUGUCUCAUUUUCCAAAUCAAUCUUGACAUCAUUGGCACAUACUAGUGAAUAAUAAGUGGGGCAAGUAUUCACUUCUGACGAACGUUCAGCCUAUUCACCGGCUUGCUAUUCACCGGUUCUUAAAGAUGUAAUUUAAAGUUAAAUACACUCUUGGGGUGAACUAAAAUGGAUGUUGGGAGUUGGGUUCCGACCGCAGGAGAUGGGACCGCGAAUUUCACCCCGGCCAACCUCCUGCUGGAUUCCCAUAAUGGGUCCGGUCCGACACCGUGGGAUAACGGUCUGUCCAACAACGGCCAGCAGCGCAACAUCACAGAUCAAGCCUACCGGGACUUCACCACUACCAUCCAGGUGCUCAUCCUCAUAGGAUCCCUGUUGGGCAAUGGCACAGUUUUAUGGUGUACCUGCUGUACCAGUGUCUUCAAGUCGGUGACCAGUUGCUUCAUUAAGAACCUGGCGUGCUCAGUCUGUGCGGGUCUAGUGUGUGUUCCUUUCGACGUGGCUCUAGGGGCCAGCCCUCGCUGCUGCUGGUGGCUACACACUCUGCUGCUCUGCAAGGCCCUGAAGUUCCUCCACAAACUCUUCUGCUCCGUCACCGUGCUCAGCUUCGCUGCUAUCGCACUCGACAGGUACUACUCUGUCCUCUACCCUCUGGAGAGGAAGAUCUCAGACGCCAGGUCACGUGACGUUGUCAUCUACAUCUGGAUUCACGCCACCAUCGCCAGCGUGCCUGUGUUCGCCGUAACCAACGUUACGGACGUGUACGCAACCUCGUCAUGUUCCGACGCCCGGGCCCGCUCCCUGGGUCACAUGGUCUACGUGCUGACCUACAACGUAACCACGGUGAUCCUUCCGCUCGUUGUCGUCUUCCUGUUAAUGGUCCUGAUUCGCCGAGCCCUCAGCGCCAGCCAGAAGAAGAAGGUGAUCAUCGCGGCGUUGAGAACACCUCAGAACUCCAUCUCCAUCCCUUAUGUCUCUCAACGCGAGGCUGAGCUACAUGCUACGUUACUGGCUGUGGUGUUAGCCUUCUCAGCCUGUAGCGCCCCCUAUGGGGCGUUGGUGGUAUACCGCACUCUUCUCGGGGACGGGGAGGACUUGUCCCCUUCUCUCCAUCUCACGGCCAUCUGGCUGCCCAAGGUGUCUCUCCUUACCAACCCUCUGCUGUUUCUGACGGUGAACGGCUCAGCUAGGCGCUGCCUGUUUGAUGUUCUAGUCCGGGUACACAGACGCUACAGCCGGCGUAACGUGGUCAGCACUGGGGAUCUGGGGCUGAGGGGCGAGGGAGGGUUGGGAGGGUCUGGGGCCCUGGAGGGGUCUGCUCGGGCUGGGAGCCAGCUCCUGGAGAUGUUUAAUAUCGGACAGCAGCAGAUCUUUAGGCCGACCGAUGAAGAGGAGGAGGAGGAGGUGGAGAAUGAGAGCCCUUCAUUAGGGUCUGGGGUGGGGGGCUGUUCUCAUCCCAAAGAGAACCACCACCAGGCAGGGGGAGGAGGGAGACAUGGAGGGAAGGUGGUUCGACAGAAAGAGACCGAACCAACCAGAGACAGCGUCCCGGUAACUAAAGAACAACCUCCUCUCAUAUUUCCCGAGGUCUCACCUGUCCGUGCCUGUGCUUACACCUCCUCGUCACAGGUGGCGCCAGCAACCCCCACGGAUCCCGAGGACGCCACCCAGUUUGGGUUUGGGCCGUUCGAGCUGCCGCCCCAGUGGCUGCCGGAGACCAGGAACAGUAAAAAGAGGCUCCUCCCACCGCUAGGGAACACCCCCGAGGAACUGAUCCAGACCAAACAGCCACGCCCACGGCCAGAACGACGAAUCAGCAGGAACAACAAGGUCAGCACCUUCCCCACAUCGACCCCUGAACUAUAAACCCUGAACAUUGACCUUUGAAGUGAUGAUCCCUGAUCACAGUUAUGGGCGGAGGUCAGCAUGUGGAUGAUUUGUGAUCGGUUUUGUGUCAAUGACUGGGUACAAAGUCAGUGGAGGAAGUCCCACCUGACCAACCACCUGACCAACUACCUGACCAACUACCUGACCAAC